AUGUUCGACUUCGAGUACCCUAAGACCUGCAUGAAGGAUGGCCAGUCAGACAAGUACUGUCUGUCUGUUGUUGCCGAUAAGAAUGCUUCGAAAGGGCAGAUGGAGCUCGAUGCUGGAAUACGGAUGUCUGAUGUUCAUGUACAUACUCGGAGUGCAGAACUCAGACUCACAGUUAUUCUGAACACUAACCAACACGAAGCGUUGGCACUGGACUUCUCCCUUCACGCCAAAGGAUGUGCAAUGGUUUGGCAGGCCGGUACCACAGUGAGCCUCACUGUUACGGUUUGCCUCGUUGCUAAUGCUUCUGGUCAUGAUCUAUUCGACCCGGCGACCAGAACUUUUCAAGGCACCGUAGCUGUUUCGGUGACCUUCAACAUAAAAAUCCUCACGUUUAACCUACCCGUGGGAGUCACAAUUGACGGGGUUGUUGCUUGUGCCGCAUACCCUUCGAACAAUAUCACUGCCUUGGGUAAGCUUGGUGUCACCGUUUCUAUCCCCCAUGGCGGAGCUUCCAUGGGUCUUGACUUCACCGCUACCACAGCCCAUCAUCUUGCGAGUGAGUGGGAGUUCGCCUCUGGUAUUAGUUUCUCAGCAUGGGUGAAUUUCUUAUUCUGGAAGCCACGGUUCAACCGAAGGUUUCCUCUUUGGCACGCUGGUCUGAACCAUGCAUAG